UCGUGCUAUUGCCAAAUCAUAGUGUCUUGAGUGGACUUGUCUACCCAUAUGGACAGGGCUCGGAUUUAUUUAUCCAUCGUUUUGGUAUAAUUACUAUUAUUUAAUUAAAGCACCACAAUGCCGCUUACAUUUGAGCUUUGCCCAGGCAGAAUGAUCGGAGGGGAAAACCCUUGUUUCAUUAUUGCUGAAAUAGGACAGAAUCACCAGGGGGACAUCGAGAUUGCCAAGAAAAUGAUCCGUAUGGCGAAGGAAUGUGGUGCAGAUUGUGCCAAGCUGCAGAAGAGCGAGUUGGAGCACAAGUUCAAUCGACGAGCACUAGAGCGGCCCUACACCUCUGAGCACUCAUGGGGGGCGACCUAUGGAGAUCACAAGCGCCACCUGGAGUUCAGCCACGAACAGUACCGUGAGCUGCAGAAGUACGCCCAGGACGUUGGCAUUUUCUUCACUGCAUCAGGAAUGGACGAGAUGGCAGUUGAGUUUCUUCAUGAACUUAAUGUUCCCUUUUUUAAAGUUGGAUCUGGGGACACCAACAACUUGCCUUACAUAGAAAAAACAGCAAAGAAAGGUCGUCCCAUGGUGAUCUCCAGUGGGAUGCAGUCAAUGAACACCAUGCGGAGUGUUUACAAGACAGUAAAAGCGCACAAUUCAAACUUCUGCUUUCUUCAGUGUACCAGUGCUUACCCCCUGAUGCCAGAAGAUGUUAAUUUGCGUGUCAUACUGGAAUAUCAAAAGGAAUUUCCAGAUAUCCCCAUUGGUUACUCGGGUCAUGAGACUGGUAUUCCUAUUACAGUGGCUGCAAUUGCAAUGGGAGCCAAAGUUGUUGAACGUCAUGUAACCCUGGACAAGAGUUGGAAGGGAAGUGACCACAAGGCCUCUUUGGAGCCACAGGAAUUAGCUGAGCUGGUGAAGGCCAUCAGGACUGUGGAAGCAGCCAUGGGCUCCCCAGUCAAACACAUACUGCCUUGUGAGAUGGCCUGUCACAACAAGCUUGGCAAGUCUGUGGUGGCAAAGGUCGCCAUUCCUAAAGGAACUGCACUGGCGCUCGAUAUGAUGACCGUGAAAGUGGCUGAACCCAAAGGUAUCCCUCCAGAGGAAAUCUUUGACCUGGUGGGCAAGAAGGUGAACACAGACAUCGAGGAGGAUGGAAGCCUAGUAGGAGAGGCAGUAGAAAGCUAUGGAAAGAGGGCAAAAUGUUAACAAAAUGUUAAUUCUGACUGAAUGUUUGGAGAAGAGAAAAUCAAGAGAAUAAAUUUUCUAUUAAAUGAUGUUAAA